UGUCAUCAUGGCGGGCAGAUGUUUGUAUAGUGCUCACUACCAGAACACUGGACAAAAAGCCGGAGAUGGUCAGCCCGAGCUUCUGACAACAGCGUCCGGGAUUCCCAUUGGAGAUAAAACCAGUUCGCUGACAGUGGGCCCUCGAGGGCCACUGCUCCUCCAGGAUUCAGUAUUCAUUGAAGAAUUAGCUCACUUUGUCCGGGAACGUAUUCCAGAGCGGGUGGUACACGCUCGCGGUGCUGGUGCUUUUGGUUCUUUUGAAGUCACUCAUGAUAUCACCAAGUAUUGCAAAGCCAAAGUGUUUGAGCAUGUUGGGAAGACGACGCCAGUAGCUGUCAGGUUCUCUACUACAACUGGAGAAUCGGGGACUUCCGAUCUUGUCAGAGAUCCUCGUGGAUUUGCUGUUAAAUUCUAUACAGAACAAGGAAACUGGGAUUUUGCUGGGAACAACACCCCAAUAUUCUUCAUAAGAGACCCCAUACUGUUUCCGUCUCUUUCACAUGCUCAGAGGAGAAACCCCCAGACACACCGUAAAGACCCAAACACGCUAUGGGAUUUUAUGAGCCUGCGUCCUGAAACCCUACAUGAGGUCACCCACUUAUUUACCAACAGAGGGAUUCCCGAUGGAUACCGACACAUGGAUGGAUUUUCAAACCAUGCAUAUAAACUGGUGAAUGCCAAAGGGGAGGCCGUGUAUGCCAAAUUCCACUGCAAAACUAACCAGGGGAUAAAAAACCUGUCCAAAGAGGCUGCCAGGACUUUGGCUGGAAAAACUCCCGAUUAUGCAAUUAAAGAUCUUGAGGAAGCAAUAACUAGGGGGGACUUCCCAUCGUGGAGAUUGUGCAUCCAGGUCAUGACCUUAGACCAAGCCGAGAAGAUGCCAUUUAAUCCUUUUGAUAUCACAAAGGUUUGGUUCCACAAAGAGUUCCCUUUAAUACCAGUGGGUACGUUAACAUUGAACAGAAAUCCAGUCAAUUACUUUGCUGAAGUGGAGCAGAGCGUCUUCUCACCACAUAACUUAGUGCCGGGAAUAGAGCCCAGUCCUGACAAGAUACUGCAUUGCCGCAUGUUUUCCUAUCCAGACGCCCAGCGCUACCGGUUAGGAGUCAAUUAUGCACAGAUUCCGGUAAACUCCCCCAUAAACUGUAAAGUAGCAAACCACCAGAGAGAUGGGUUCAUGGCGAUGGGUAACAAUCAAGGAAAUGCUCCAAACUAUUAUCCAAACAGUUUUGGGGGUCCUCAGCAAAGUCCUAAGUUCCUAGAGAGCUCCUUCCAUGUGUCUGGAGAUGUCUUCAGGCAUGACGAUUCACAAGAUAAUGUGUCUCAGGUGAGGAAAUUCUAUCUCGAGGUUUUGUCAGAAGACGAGCGGCAGGAGCUUUGUGAGAACAUUGCAGAAAGUUUAUCUGGAGCCCAACCGUUCAUUCAGAAGAGAGCGGUGAAGAACUUUACAGAUGUGCAUCCUGAUUAUGGGCACCGGGUGAUGGCUGAGCUGGACAAGCUGGCAGCAGCAAAGAAGGCACAAGAGAAGUAAACCUCGGAGCCCUGUGUUACAGGACGUUAGCGUACACUGAGCCAUAUCAUCUCUGUCAUGUUAUCCUCCCAUAGGGUUAUACCCACAGAUACUUUCACAAAAAAAGCAUUUAAGAAAUAUUCUUUCCUCUUUUCUGUGUCAAGGAAACUUUGACCUGAUUCUUUAUGGUGCACCCCCCUCAAACUGAAAAAUUGCUGAUGAUGACGCCUCCUUGUAUCUCCUGAAGUUGUAAGAUGUGGACCAAAAGUGAAUUUUAUGGCAGGUGAAGACAGGUCCUGCUGCUGGGAUGCCCAGUUUGGACCAGUGCCGACCAUCCAUGGAAUUCGAGUCCCACAGACUGUUAUAAAACGAUCAGCCACUAGGUGGCAACAUAACAGAGCUGUUUUUAUAAAGGAGUUGUCCACAAAAUAAUGAUUCUAUGAUUGAGUCCAUUGAAAUGAUCAAAUGAUCUGGAGUGAGACAUAUUUCAGUGAACUUCAUUCAGGUUAGGGCUCGUUCAGACAACCGUAUGAAUGGGUCAGCAUCCGUUCUGCAAUUUUGCGGAACGGGUGCGGACCCAUUCAUUUCAAUAGGGCUGCAAAAGAGGUGGACAGCACACGGUCCGUCAGUUCCG